AUGACGCGGUUCAGGCGCAUCGCCACCGCGGCGCUCGCGAUCCUCGCGCUCGCGGCACAUCCGCUCGUCGUCGAAUCGAUCGACCCUGGCGCGGCGAAAUUCGUCGAUGCGCGUCGCGCCGGCGGCGAUGACCCGUCCGCCGGCGAGGGGAACUCGCGAGCAGAAGCUUCCUCUCCCCGCGUCGAGCGCACGCGGGACGGCGGCGUCCACCGCCUCUUCGCGCGCGCGAUCCGUCGCUCGCUCGAUCGCAUCCGCGCCAAUCGCGAGGAUGACGCGCCAGAUCCCAUCGCGUGGUCGCAGCCGACGGCGCACUCGACGUCUCCGAUCGAGCCCGCGUCGCGAACCCUCCCGCGAAGGCUCAAACUCGAGCCCCAGCAACGACGCCGCUCGCUGCAGCAGGGCACCGACAUCUCCGGCUGCCCCGACCUCGCGUCCGGCGAUCUCAAGUUCUCCGUCACCACCUGGUCGUCGCUUCCCUCCGAGGAUCUCGUCCGCGUGGGCGCCGUGGACGCCGCCAUCACGGGCGGAGCCGCCGCAGCCAGGGAGAUGUACGUCUCGCUCGUCGUCACGCACAAAAAGGCGGACGCGUCGGUGAACCUUCGAGGCGUCACCGUCGCUUUCGAAUUUUCGCGAACCGUCGUCGUCGACGAAUCGACGGGCGAGACCGAGGUUGCCGAUCCGAGCCGGUUCGUGUUCAUGUGCUGGGGCGCGCAGCUCCUACCCGCCGCCGUCGACGGCUCGGACGGCGGGCACAGGUCGGUUCCGUGCUCCGAGCUCACCCUCGACAUCGACGCCGUGGGCCCGCGAGUGACCUUCGGGGACGUGACGCUCGGCCCGGGUGAGUUUCUCGCCGGCGGAUACAGCAACUUUCUCUUCAGCUUCAAGGAGAUGGGCGCGAUGCCGAUGGAAAACUCCGUCACCUUACUCGCGCCGUUCUGCGACGACGCCGCGGUGGACAGGCCAGCCGCCGAGCUUCCUCUCCUCGCGCCGACGUUCAUGCUGGGCUGGAACCCCAACAAGCACCUUGAGCUCUCGGCGUGCCCGGCGCUGCUGGACAUGGUGUUCCACUCGCUCGUUCCCGAAGUGGACGCCGGUGACACGUCGACCACGAUCGCAUCCGGGGUCGUCGGGCAUAGGAGCUGCGCCAGCAUGGACGUCACCGGAGUCACCGUGCCGGUACCUUACGCGAGAACCGUGGACCCGGCGUCGUUUGAGACCGGGUGCUCGGGAAUCCAGCUGGCUCUCCCGGCUCCGACGUUCCGAAGCGACGGCAUGUCCGCGAUGCAGGGCAUGGAGCAGCCUGCGCUGACAUGUGACGACGUCGUCGUGACAAUGACAUCCGACGGACUUCGCAUCAGCUUCGUGGACGGCGCGCUCAAGCUUUGUCCCGGCUGUUUCCUUGUAGGUGGACCCGAUAACGUGAUGGCUUCGUGGCGGACCCUUGACGGAUCCGACGCGAGCUUAAUUCCCAUCGGCCCACCCGCUAUGCCGUACUGCGGCGCGGGACCGGACAUGUCUCUGACCGCGGAGGUUGGACCGGUGACCCCGUGCAACGCCGAGGAGAACGCAGAGCUUGACGGCGAGGUUCUGAACGGCGGUACGUUUCUCACGUCAUCCGCCGGCGCGUGCUGCCUGGCGUGUCAGGAGAACCCAGGAUGCAACGUUUGGACGUUUUGCACCGACGAGGGAGGAUGCGGAGGAGCCGCGCCGACGUACAGCUACAGUCGAUGCAGCCUCAAGUACCAGGACCCCGCGCAGCUGUCCCCUGGACCCGCACCGGGGAAGCGAGGUCCGGAGAUCACGUUCACGUCCGGGAGCCUUCCUGAGAAGGAGACUGAAAUUUUCGUCGCGGACACGGUGCAGCAAAUUCGUAACGAAACCGGUGAAACGUGCGCAGUCUGCCAGAUCGAGGAUGCAGCGAACUACAAAGGCGAUCCGCUCAUUGACGGAACCAACCUUCUGGUUGACUCCCCCGAAGCCUGCUGCGCCAAGUGCGCCGAAGAUGACAGGUGCAACAGUUUUGUGUACUGCGGAUCCGAGUCCGGCUGCGGCGGCGAGUACUACGACUAUAAACACCGCGAGUGCUGGCUCAAGUUCCUGGCGGAAGACAUGUGGACGCAGUUCCCCGUUCCGGCGUGGAACAGGGGCGAGGGUAUACCCUGGACGAGCGGCAUCGUGAACCGAACGAGGUGCGUCGAGAGGGUCUUCCCGCCGCCUUCGCCCCCGGCCAUCGUCACGAUCCCCCUUCCGCAGCCACCGCCGCCGUCGCCAGAGCAACCCUCGCCGGUUCGCACUGCACCCACGACGUGCUCCGAAGGUGCGUCGAGCAUCGCCGAGCUGUGCACCGGCGUGUUGCUGGGUCAAGAGGAGAGCCUCGAGGUCGACGACGCGAGCGAGUGUUGCGGGGUCAUCACCUGGAUGAACGCCGACGAGCGAAGGUGCUUCUGCGAUUCGGGCGUCGUCGACUCGCUCGGCCGGCUUGCGGAUCCCCUCCUACUCGUGGGUGGGAUUGUGUGCGAGGUCGAGAUCCUCAGCGGAGACGCAUGCGCGCCAGCUCCGACGCCGACGCCGGCUCCCGUCCCGGAGCCCUCCGCGCCGGAGCCGCCACCGCCGGAUGCGCCAACCCAGCCGACGCCCGCGCCAGGGCCGCCUCUUCCGGGAGCGCCUCCUGCGCCAGUCGUGGUGCCCCAGCCGGACGCGCCGGCACCGCCGCCUCCCGACGCACCGGAUGCGCCGGCACCGUCGCCUCCAGAAGCACCGGAUGCGCCGGCACCGCCGCCUCCCGACGCACCGGAUGCGCCGGCACCGAGCCCGCCGCCUCCCGACGCACCGGAUGCGCCGGCACCGAGCCCGCCGCCGCCCGACGCACCGGAUGCACCGGCACCGAGCCCACCGCCGCCCGACGCACCGAGCCCACUGCCGCCUCCCGACGCACCACCGGCACCGAGCCCACCGCCGCCCGACGCACCACCGGCACCGAGCCCACCGCCGCCCGACGCACCGCCGGCACCGAGCCCGCCGCCUCCUGACGCACCGCCGGCACCGAGCCCGCCGCCUCCCGACGCACCGGAUGCGCCGGCACCGCCGCCUCCCGACGCACCGCCGGCACCGAGCCCACCGCCUCCCGACGCACCGCCGGCACCGAGCCCACCGCCGCCGUCGCCGGAUGCGCCGCCGCCGAGCCCGCCGCCUCUCGCGCCGCCGGCUCCUUCGCCGCCGCCGCCGCCUGUGGUACCGAGCCCGCCGCCACCGAAUGCUCCAACUGCGCCAUCGCCGCCGCCACCUGACGCACCGAUGGCUCCGAGCCCACCGCCCCCCGGAGCCCCGGCUGCUCCAUCGCCUCCGCCGCCGGACGCUCCCGUCGUGGUCGUCCUCGCACCUCCGAUUUCUGUUCCGCAGCCCCCGUGCAUCGUGCUCCUCACGCGUCUCACCGAACAGUGCGCCCCGCUGCUGGGAGACGACACGAGCGCGACGAUGAUGCAAGACUGCUGCGAGAUUCUUGCGGAGAUGAACGGUGAGGAGCUCAGAUGCUUUUGCGCGGAGGAUGUACUCGAGCGGCUCGGGACGCAAAUCAGGCCUGUGACGCUCCUGGCUCCAUUCCUGUGCGGUCCUGAGCUCGAGAUCUACUCAGGCGAGUCGUGUGAACUUCAGGCGGAGCCGGUUAUUGUCCCGGUUCCGGCACCCGACCCGCCGGCUCCGUCGCCGCCACCGCCCGAUGCACCGCCCGCACCGGCUGAACCAUCACCGCCGCCGCCGAAUGCACCGACGGCACCGAGUCCGCCGCCGCCCGAUGCGCCGGUCGCACCGUCACCGCCGCCGCCGAAUGCACCAGUCGCGCCGAGCCCACCACCACCGGAUGCUCCAACGUCGCCAUCGCCGCCACCACCGCUCGCACCGACGGCACCGAGCCCACCUCCGCCAGACGCACCGAGCUCACCGAGCCCACCGCCGCCCGACGCACCGAGCCCACCGCCUCCCGACGCACCGACGGCACCGAGCCCGCCGCCGCCCAACGCACCGACUGCACCGAGCCCACCGCCGCCAGCCUCACCGACGGCACCGAGCCCGCCACCGCCAGUAGCACCCCAAGCUCCCCUGCCAGUACCCAAGAAUGCCUGCCCGGUCAUAUCCCUCCGCGGGCGAGGGGCCGGACCCGACCGUAACGAGGCUCUGGUUGGAACCGUGUGGGUUGAUCCGGGCGCGACCGCGAUUGACGCCGAGGACGGCGACCUCACCGAUGAAAUUGUUCGGGACGCGUCGCAGCUGGACACUGCGACGCCCGGGGUCUAUCGGGUCACGUACUCCGUGACCGAUUCCGCUGGGUGCGAAACGCGCGCGGUUCGAUACGUCCGCGUGAUCGCGCUCGUCGCCACCUCCGACGCCGAAUACCUCAGCACGCUCUGUCUGAGGCAGGUUCCGAGGGUGACGAUGACCUGCGAGGUUGGCAUGCAGAGGCACGAGGACCACCGGCCAAACCCGGCGGCGUUUCCCGCGUGUUGCCUCCUGGCACAGGAGAUGGACGCGUCCGCGUGUUUCUGCGACGGUCGCGUCAUCGGCGAGCUCAACGCUCGAAACGCGACGUUCUUUGAGGAUCUCGUGGAUUUCACCCCGAUGGCGUGCGGUUUCAAGAUCAAGACCGGGGAGGUGUGCACUGACAUGCGCGCGCUGGAGAGAUUCUUCGCGGCGGAAAUUGUUGACACCGGCGAGGACGUCGCCACCGUCGAGGAGCUCAUAUCCGAGGGAGGCGCCCUGAACGCAGAGCUGCCGUGCGACGAGCAGGUAGCGGCCGUCACCGCGAUGUGCCAGCGCCUGACCCGCGCGACGCCCGGUCCAGCGCCACUCGUGAGCGACUUUGUGCCGUGCUGCACCGCGGCAGCUGUGCUCAACGUGUCCGAGUGCCUCUGCGACGAAAAUUUUGUCUUUGCCGACGAGGAACGAACCACAUUCCUGCAACAGCUCAUAGGCUUCGCGCCCCUGGGAUGCGGGUUUGCGCUCACGGGAACCUGCCCGGCGAUAACCGACAAACUUGAGCUCCCGAGCGUGGAGGGCAUCACCGUGCCGGACGCGUUCUCGUCAGAAUCUGUCCCGGCGGUUCUUCCAGUGGCGGGCGGAUGGAACACGUCCGCGCUCACCUGGGAGUUCAUGUUCGGUGACGACGACGUCGUGACCGUCGACGACGCGAGUGAGCAGCUCUUCUGGGUACAGGACGGGGGCGUACAGCUUUUCAACCUGAUUUCGUGUGCCGAAUACGUCUCACUCGCGCCUCAGGUCUGCGGCGACGUGAGGCUGAACUCCGAGGUUUCCACGUUUGUGCUCACCGAGUGCUGUGCGUUCCUCCACGCUGCGCACGCUCGAGGGUGCCUGUGCCCCCUCGCGGGACUCGCGGCACUCGCCUUGGUCAAUCCUGACCUCGAGGAUAUCUCACCGAUUGCGUGUGCUUUGCGUUUGGACACGAUUCCGUCUCUCGGCGAGGGAUACUGCAAGACACAGCUCACGCUGGAGCACGUCAUGUCCCCGGCUGAGUCGCAAAUUUUCGAAGAGACAAAAUCAGCAGGCGAUGGGAGCCAGUCGCAGGUGGACUUCUUCGACGAUCGCAACCUGCAGCUGGGUACGUUCAUCGGCGCCGCACCGAGGGCCACGCCCGUUGUCAUCACCACCCCGACGACUCUCAAGAUCGCCGGCGAGGAUGACGCGGUCGUCACCAGCGUCGUUCCGCCGGGGUCCGUCUUCGGGGUCGUCGCGCCGGAGGUUAUGAGAACCGUGAGGGACGCCGACAUCGUGGAGAAUGUCCUCCCGGAGACACUGGCGCCGGGCGAGACCUACGCGAUCCCGUCCAGCGCUAUAGUCACCAGCGAUGUCACGUCACUGCCCACGUACCGCGCGAGCGAGUCCAACUCCAGCGCAGGCGGCGCGGUGGCCAUCAAGGCUGGAGGAGACAACCGGCUCCUGCUCACCGUCCCGGACCUGGGCGGCGUGGUAAAACUGCCGUGGACCGCAUCGCUCGAGCCCGUGCCCGUGAUCCCCGAGGCUAACUACGCCGAAGACGGCACGGACGAGCUCCCCGUGGUCGUCGUCACCAACCACAUCGACGGGGUCACCUCGCUGGUUCCCCUCGCGUCAGACGGCAGAAGCUACGCCGUCGUCAAGGCGGAUGUGGCCGAGGCGGAGGGCGAUACCGACAACGAGGAUUACGAGAACGGGUAUCGCGGUCUGAUCUACGGUAACGGAAACGAGACCGGCCUGGGAAAUAUAGUCCGAGGAUCAACCACCAGCUGUCUGUUCGCGGUCGUCAUCGCGGAGGCGUCCUGCAUUCCGAUGCUGGAGAGCGUCUCUGAAAUUUUCGAGCUUGACAUUGGCUGGCGCGUGUGCUGCUCACGAAUAUCCGCGGUCAACGACGACGGGUGCUUCUGCGACGGCGCCGUGAACGCCGCUCUUGAAGUUACUGCUCGUUCGAACAUCCAUGCGCGGGUCAUGGACGCGAUCCCAGGAGCGUGCGGUUUCCAGCUCACCUCUGGAGAGUCGUGCCCGACGGCUAUCUUUGCCGAUUCCGAGGAUGAAGACAAACUCAACGUGACAACCUCCGACCCAACGCGCGAGCUCGUCUCCAUCCACGCCGACGUAUACACCGCGCCCGAGGUUAUUUCUAGCGUCACCGCCGCGGGUGCCGUGGUGGUCUCCUCCACGGACGCUUCGAGGGACGACGCCGAGGUCGCCGAUAACGUCGCGGCUGAGGGACUCGGCGCAAACUACGACGCCGACACCGGCCUGGUCACCCUCACGCUCCCGGGCGACGCGACCGUCACCGCGGACGUCGCCGUGUUCUACCCGAACGGAAUCAAACCGUCGUCCGUCUCGAGUCCGCCGCCGGGCCCGGUCGCGGCGGAGGCGGUCGCGCUUGAUCCCGAGGAUCCGAGCCGGCCCCUGCCCGGCUACGGCGUCGUCAUGAGCGACGGCCGGAACUUCCUGACCGUCAGCCUCGAGUCCGGUAUGGAGUCGUUCGUCGUCAUGGGCGCCAUAACCCACUGCAAGGGUUUCCCGCUGGAGGUUCCCCAGGUUGUCCUGCCCAUCAUGUAUCGGCCCAGGGGCGGCGACGGCGGCUACGCGCCGCCGCUCUCGGAACCGAAGGUGGAGUGCCUCGGGAUCACGCUCAUCUCCAACCAGGGCGAGGUGCUCAGAGACGACCUCUGCGAUCGUUUCUCGUUCGAAAUCAAGGAUUACGGCGUGGACGUGAUCAUCCGCGACGUGUCCAUAUGCGUCGACUGCGCGCUGACCGGACGGUCAACCGACGGAGCCAUCGCCAGGGUGUCGCACCCGAGAUCCGAUACGCUCGCGGCGAUGCAGCCGGACGUGACCGCGAUGACGUGCGACGUCGACGCCGUCGCCGCGGAGGAUCGACGCCGACGUUUGCUCGAGUCGCCUUCGAACGACCGAAGGCUGCUCCAGUUCCUCGCCGAGCAGUACAGCAACCCGACGGAGGUGAACGACUUCUUCAGCCGGCUCAGGCCGAGCGACGGAGGCGGUGACUGGUCAUCGGGUAGAGACUCGGGGUACGCCCUGAUCGGUGACGAGGAUCCCCGCGACCCUCCAUCGCCCGACGCGCCGACCCCUCCCGAGAUCAUGCCCGAGAAUGUCGUCCUUUGCGUCGACGACGUGGGUCGCCUCGCAGGGAACGUCCAGUGGUGGAGCCGAGGAUCCGGGCCGCUUCAGCCCGGCUUACCCAACCAGCCCUACGACGAGUACGUAUUCUCAGGAUCCGUCGAUGCUUUGGCGGGCGAACGCGGCGUCGACCUCCAAGGCAUCGUGUUACCCAUCGUGUUCAGCCCGUGGGUCCUCGACGACGACGACGGGGGUAACUGGCGCGCGGUGUUUGAUCCGGCGAGCGAGCUCGAGGUCGCGUGCGCGGGUGUCAAAAAAAUCUCCGGCGAUGGCUCCGUGGAACCAUCCACCGACGAACCCUGCGGCGGCGUGACGUUCGCGCUGUCCACCUACUCCUCCCCCGACGGCGGUGAAGAGGGACAGGAGACGCCCACGACGACCGGCGACCGGGCCCCCGCGGUGCUCCUCCUGGAGGUAUCCUUCUCCGCGGUUGGUUCCGUCGACGCCGGCGGCAGGGUCGAGGGCGGCGGACCGAGGGGCGAGAUGUUCCGGGUGCGACACGCGUCGGGCGCGAGCCUCGAUUUCGUCGGUCCCACCGUCGGCGCGCUCGAGUGCGCGCCCGACGGUGUCGUGGGAACGGUCGUGACGGGCAUCGAGCCCUCAUCCAUUGCGCCCUCGAUCCCAACAACGAUCGAGCCCGUUGCGGGUGCCGACGACCGCGGAAGCCUCGUCGUCUCCGGCGCCGACCGCGACGUUUCUUCGUGCGCGGGCCGCCCCGGCCUUAACCUCAAGGGCGAGCUGCUCAACGACGGCGGGUCCCUCAUCAAAGACGAGGCUGGCGACUGCUGCGCGGAUUGCGCCGCCCUGCCCGAGUGCAACGUGUGGGUGUACUGCGAGGGUGACUGCGUCAACUACGCGUACCACAGCUGUUGGCUCAAGCGCGCCGCCGUCGGUUUCGACGCGGGUUCCGCGCCGGACGCGUGGGCGGCGUCGCCGGAGGUGCCGUGGACCUCGGGGUGGUUCCCACCGAAACGAGGGGUUCAGCCGGUGGUGGAUGUGGCGGAGCCGACGGGCGAGCCGCCGGAGGAGCCCGAGGAUACGCCGCCAGAGGAGGCGCCUCCGAUCAGGGUCGUGCCAGUGCCCGUCGGACCCGUCGAGCCCGAGCCCGAGCCCGAGCCCGAGCCCGAGCCCGAGCCGUCGACGACGCCCGCGCCGACGAUCCCGUCCCCUCAAGGCGCAGACGAAGGCUCCGGCGCGACGUUCACGCUCGUCCCCGGUCAGCCAGUCACCAUCCCGGCGGCGGAGAUCACCAUCAUCCCCGGAGGUCCGGAGGUCGUAGCCGUCCCCGCGGGCGAACCGUCGUUCGCCGUCCCGGUCGCGGAUCCCUCAUCGACGACGUGCGCGGACGCCGACGUGUUCGCGUGCCCGCCCGACGCCGUCGCGACGGCACCCCUGUCCACGGCGAGGCUCCGCAGCUCCUUCCAGCUGCUCCGCGCUACAUCGUCCGAGACGGGCGGGUCGGAAACCGAGAGCCUUGAGCUCCUCCGCCCGGGCGACGAAGUCACCGAGAUUUUCGUCACCGGGACCCUCAUCAACGCCAACCUUCAGGAUACGGCGUGCCUGUCCAACCUCGAGGUGCCGUUCGACUUUCCCCGCGUCGUCAUCGCGCGGUCCGGCGACGCGUUCACGGCUCGGCCCGAGGAUUUCAUCGUGCGGUGCUUCUACGUCGGCGUGAGGUCGAGGGAGGCUUCGGCGGCUCCGGGGGCGUCGUCGCCCGCCGCGGGAACGUCCACCCCGCCGCCCCCGCGGUCCUGCGAGGACACCGUGGACCUCGCGAUGACCGAGUCCGGGCCGGUGAUGGCGUUUAAAGACGACGUCGCGUUGUGCCCGGGGUGUUGGCUGGUCGGCGGCCGAGACGGCGUGCUGUUCUCGUGGAGGCACCGCGACGGUUUGAGGCUUCGGGUGGCCGCAGGGGACGAGGUUGGGGACGGCGCCGCGAGGUGCAAGCCGGUGGCGUGA